AUGGGAUCUAAAAGAGACCUUAAGGUAGGCACCGUUCUUCUGACGCCAUUACUUGGAUUAACAUCGAGAAAAAGCGAGAAUGAUUCUUCGAACGCACUACAUAAUUCCAUGCCAUCGAUUUGCUAUCUUCCUUCGCGAUCGUCGAAGAAUUUGUUGGGGUUGGAAAGAGAGAGCGUUGAAAAUGCCACAGUGUCAUUACAUCAGGUAAGUGAAGCAAAAGGCAAUUAAAUGGUACAACAGUUGGAGGUAUAGCUUAAAAAAAAUUUGGUUUAUGCGUAAACUUGUUAAUUAGGUUUUUAACACAUUAACCAACCUCAGUGUAAAGUUGUUUUUCUUUCUUAGUUUUUGCGUAAUUAUCAUUCUGAGCUCAUCUUGUUGAUAGCUGUUUUUAAGACGGAUGAAAAAUUUCACAAAAAUAUCUAGAGAUAAUCGGAAGCUCUAUACUGUAGUAAAAAUGCAUGUAAUCAACUCCCCGAGUGUAAACAAGUCUAGUGCAACGCUUGGAUGUAUAUCAAAUUUGAUUAAUUACUUACAAGUACUUAACAUUAACAGUAUCGGUAAACUUUGAUGGAUUUUCGCUGAAUCUUUAGAGCAAUCAUGAAAGUGUUUAUUUAAACUUUGGAAGUUUUGGAAAACGAGAUGAUCGUCUUAGGUCGAGUUUUGACGGCCCGGAUUGAAUGAAAAUUACAUGAAUUUCUGUCAAUUGUUUCCGCCCUCAUUAAACGCACUUGAUGGCAACAUAUGUCUUUUGUUUUAGAGCUUUCUUUGCAAGCAGAUGAAAAAAUGUUCAUCCCAAAUGAAAUCUUCUUUGGCUGUGCACAGAUAUAAAGCAUGAACUGGAUAAAUUAAUUCAAACUAGUUAAGAACUCUCGAUGUACUGCAUCGCAUAUGAGAUGCAUAAUUAGUGGAGCCCACGAGAGAAUCUGAGCGAGAUAUCAAGGGAAGCAUAUUCUUUUCAAAUGCACAGGGUGACUUGUGAAAAUCAGACAUGAAAACACAAAAAACAUCGCAAAAUUUAUGACAGUAUAUUUUGAGAGGUACGAUUCAUCUGUGAACCAGUCAAGUUCACUCCUAAGAUCCCAAUAGCAAUUCUCCUUACUACCUGCCAUACAAUUCUUAUGAUGUUAGUUCUGAGAAUUUGAUAUUUUAUCAUUUAAUAAUCCCUUUAUUGAUAUUCUUCUUUAUUCUCAACACCUGUCUGCUUGAUAUUGUAUUGAUAAUGUAAUGAGAAAUUCUAUCUUGGUCACUCAUGAGAAUGAAAGGGUUGAUUGGUGAAUGCCUAUAUGCAGAUGUAUUCAUGAUAUGAGGAUCACGUCAUGUCAGAUAAACAGUGAGUCAUUUUCAAUCCCAGGCUCACACAUCAUUAAAAUCAGCCCUGAGGUUUUCAACUUUCUUUAACUAAGAAUUUUAUGACCAUAAAGUCAAUGGCAAGCAGAUCAUUUAUUUGCUUGCGUGUAACCUCAAAGCUGAGAUGUUAAUUCUUUAGUUGAUAUUACACCAAAUUCUCUCAUCUGAUUUUUAAAGAAAUAUGUAUUUUAGUCAAAGGAGAGAGAAUUCCCAUUGACAUCUUUGGAAUUAAAGGUAAAAGAUAAAAACUCUGGCGGUGCAUUUGUCUUUUAUUGAAGUUUUUCAACUGAUUUUGUCACAAUUUUAUCUUUUCAAAGGCGGCUCGAGAUGGGAAACGGGAACUUGUAGAUAGAAGGCUUGAAAUAUUAGGUAAAGGAAACAAGAAGAUCAACAAAAAAGACCAGGAUAACACAACUGCACUGCAUUAUGCUGUCCGCUACAAUCACCUUCAAAUUGUUAAGUUGUUAAUGGAAUAUGGUGCAGGUAAGAGACACUGUGAUUGUGUAGUUUGAUCAUCCAGGUAAGGGUCAUUCUGAGAAGUACUCUUGUUGUUAGUAGUGACUGACAUUUCAAUAACCUGAGGGAAGUCAUUGUCAGAGUCACUUGACACUGAUGAUGUCAGAGUCACUUGUGGAAAUGCCAGUCACCUUGUCAUAACUACACUUAACUGCCAGAUCACACUUAAAAGCAAAUGUUACCCUUGAGUUCAAAACACUUACUGUAAGGAAAAUUUUAAGGACUUACACAUCAAUGGAGAGGCUGUAAUUUAAUUUAUGGUGUUUACAGAAUCUUCUAAAGAAUCAACUACUCACCCCUGGAUGGGAUGCUAAUCCAUUGCAACAUUACACUCCAGCAUUUUACCAGGCUUCCCUGACAAUUUGCCUCCACCCAUUUUUUCCAGUAUGUCAUGAUAAUCCUUUCUUCUAGAUGUUGAAGCAAAGGGAGAAGAUGAUGCCACACCCCUUCACUAUGCAGCCAGGUUUCGACCAGUCCCCAGAAUGAAUGGAGGUACUCCAAGACUAACACCCCAAGUUACACCAAGUCCUAGUAUGGAGAACAUGAUUGAUGUCGGCUUGACUCUGAGGAGAGAUGACAAGAAAAAGGAUGGAGGUAAUGGAAGCCUCAACAAGGGUGCAAAGGACAGAUUGCUGGGCUCAUUGAAUAAACGCAGGGAGACACUCGGAAAUAAACUGUUCAGCAAAGAUCACUUGACUGUAGAAAAGAAGAAUUCUCUGCCAAAAGAUAUGCCAAUUGUACCACAGGGGGUAGAGACUAUGAUUAUGUAUUUACUGUCGCGAAAGGCCAAUAUUAAUGCACAGGACAGCUAUGGUUCCACUCCUUUGCAUUAUGCAGUUAAUAAAGGUAAUCCUGAUGCAGUUAAGGAGCUGCUGGUGGACCCAGGUAUUGAUAUUGAGGUAAGGAAACACUAUGUUUAUGAUUUAGCUGUGCAGAGGGUGUCAGGUACUGUCACAUUGGAUCAACAGAAAAGAGUGAUUUCACCAGGGAGGCUUCAUUCGGUAGAUAAUCCAGUAGGCAAUAGUGUAGUAGCAUUGACCCAUUAUUGAAGUGGUGUUUAGAAAUAUGGGUGGGUUUAGAUCACCUCCACCUUUGGUAAUCUUGUUUUGUUAAUUUACUUGAGUCAUCUUGUGCCCUCAGUCAGGCAUGGGUGGAAGGAGCCAUGACCAUUAAGCUCAGUGCUUCGUCAGAGGGUUCCUUCUCUUGAAGCAUUUCUGCAGAUAGAAGCUAAUAGUUGUUUAUAUGCCUCAAUCUGCCACUCAGCUAAUUACUUUUAAACCCACCCCUACUUGUAACACUAAGGUCUGAUGUGUGCCCCACUCAUUUCAAGAGUGACCAGGGGUUUUUUGUUUUCAUAACCGGCUUUCCACUGUAAAAACCUCAGUGUGCGUAUUCUCCAAUCUGGUCUCUAUACAUUUGCUAAGGUGCGAACAAGGAGAAUCCAUUUAACGAGAGCUCAUUUAGUUUCUGAUCAUUUGCUUUAUCCUCGUGACCUUUAUGUUUGAUACAGAGGUGAUUUGUAAGGAGAAAUUAGAUGGUAGUCUCUCUUGGGAGUCAAAGGCUUAACCCCAUUCACACCAGCAAAACAUGUUUUGUUAAACUGCUUUUCAUUGAAUGAAAAUUAUAAACAGAGAACUGAAAAACUUGAUUUUCCAUUGGAUUCAAAAUAACUUGUUUCCAAGAAAUUCAACAAAAUAUUCGUGAAAUAGUAUCUAUGAAGAAAAAAAAAAAACUGUGUUUAACAAAAAACUUUUAAACAUGUUUAGUUUGGUGUGAAUUAUUAACAGUUUUGGAGGGCAAAGAAUCAUCUUGAAGGUUUUAUCAAAAUUGAACAAAUGAACAAAAUUUGAUCUGCGAAUAGAUAUCUAUCAAUUAUCAAUUGCUCUGAGAUUUUAUCAAUUGAACAUGAACCAAUUUGCGAAUAGAUUCUAUGUUGCCUUGCGUGUGUUAAGCAAUGAAUCAAGAUGAUGUCACAACGUGGUGAGAACAUCAGUGACACACUAGGCUGUGCCUCUUGUGCCACUAAGCUGAAAAGACGCACAGCAACGUAGAAUCUAUUUGUUUUAUAACAAAGCAGAAUGGUGUUAAUGGAGACGUCAUCUGUGCGUCUUUCCUCCGAUGGAGCAUAAGUAAUAACCGACAGAUAGAUAGAUAGAUAGAUAUUUUAUUUAUCCACAUAACGCCUAGGAGCAUUCAGCAUACUCGUUUACAAUGCGCAUGUGCAAUUACAAAAUACUGAGAAUAAUGAAAAUUACGUAAGUAUAAACGACUAUAAACAAUCAUCUGCAGGGCACAUCAACAAAUUCUUAUUAAGGCGCUUAACGAUAAGUAAACGGUACAAGGUUUAAUUUGUUUAUUAAACUUCUAAAAGUAUUCACAUUACCAGCGAUUCUAGCCACUGCGUGGAAGAGUAUUCCGUAGGUGGCUGGCUAUGAAUGAAAAGGAAUUAAGGCCCCACUUGCUUUUAAAAGAAUUUUGUUCAAGCCUAGUGCCUGAGCCUCUAAGAUUUUAAUUGACUGUACGGAGUUUAAAGAAAUCUUUAAUGUUACUAGGACCAUUCCCAUUGAAACUUUUAAAAAGUAGGAUCAAAACAUAAAAAACCUUCUUUGUUCCAGUGUACGCGUGUUAAUUAAUUUAAGAAUACAAUCAUACGAAGUGGACUUAGGUUAAACCUAAUAACGAUUUGAGAAUAAAGUAAUUUGCAUCUUCUAAUUUAUCAGAUGAAGUAACUAUAUAGUUCAGCUUAUCACAUAAUUUCUAUUGAAAUGUUCUAGGCAAAAGAUAAGACAUUGAUGACUCCCCUGCAUGCGGCGUCCAGCAAAGGAUUUCUCGCUGUUGCUAAAUGUCUGAUUAAUGCUGGGGCUGACUUGAGAAGCUUGGAUGAAGAGCAAAUGACACCUUUGCAUUUUGCGUGCAUGGAAGGGAGUCUUGAGGUUGCACAAUUGCUGUUUGAGACAGGUGAGUGUGAUGAAAUAAGAAAGCUUGUUACACAAUUCAGGGUGGUCUUGAAAAGAAUUGUAGUUAUAGUGAUAUGUGUAUUGAUGUAUCUAGAAUCAGACCGGAAGUCGUCAUAAGAGUCUGGAAAGGAGUUCUUUUUCAGUCAAGUGUUUUAAGGCUUUUUUUCUUGAGAACUGAUAGGCUACUUUCAUGAAACCACCAUCAACUCCCAAUAACUCGCACCUUCAAGGAAAUUGAAAGACAGUAAGCUUGCAGGAGUUUGGAUGAUGACGCUUUGUUUAAUUUUGCAUGACGCACUAAAGCGUUGUCAUUCGCAACGGUUCACGCUCUCACAGAGACAUUUUGUUGUAAAUCAAAUCGCAACUUGGAUGCCAAUUCGGCCAUAUGAUUGGUUAAUUUGCACCACGUGGUAAAAAUGUCCUAUAACCUGAUUGGCUAUUCCCCAUUAUGUCCUCGCAUACUACUCUGGCCUAUGGAUUAGCAAUAACUAAUUUUUAAUUACUCCUACAAGCCGAGGAGAAAGGCGGUUGGGCCUUGGUAUCUAAAAUGGUCACCGCUCAGGAUCGUGAGGAACAAACUCCUCUCCAUCUCGCUGUGGAGGACGGUGAUUUGAACCUGGCGAAGCUUUGCCUGGACAAGGGAGCAAACGUGAAUGCACUCAAGGUGAACAUGAGUACUCCUCUUCACCUGGCCGCUACAGGGGGAGACUUAGACAUCGUCAAGAUGUUGAUAGAACAUGAUGCUAACAUAGAAGCAAAGAAUUCCGCGCAGGAGACUCCGCUGCACAGAGCAGCUUUGUUUAACAGGGUGGAUAUAGUAGAUUAUCUUCUGAGCAGGUAUUGUUAAUGAAACAACGCGAACAAGCUGUUAUCACGACAAAACUGAAAAAUGUUUUUCUCCCGGUAUCCGUAAUUGCUGCCUUGUUAUUUCAAAGGUACUGCCAUAAACACUUAAAGAUAUGUGCUGUUUUCCAAAUCCUGAGCCCAUUUUUAGACAAAGAGCAGUCCCUCCAUUUGGUGAAGUCCAUCACGCGAUCGAAAAAGCAAAAUUGGCGAAAAAACCAAAUUGAAGUUAGCGCGCGGCGCAGAACACUGGAAUGAGGUUGCUUACUUUUCGGGCAUCACACUCCCAGAGUUUCGCACCAUUUUUUUUGACUCGUGCUACAGACUUCACCGAAAAAGAGACACCGCUAUUCGUCUACCCUAUUUCAUACCAAAACAUGUCAUUUUUCACACCCAUUUUCAGACCAGUUUCUAAACGUUUUACUUAAUUUGGGAUCUAUUAAGCCAUGUACAAGCCUUGUACAAGCUUAGGUAAGCAUCACACCGGUUCUGCACUUAAGGAAACCCAACAGAGAAAUCGAACUCGAAUGAUUAAUUUUGGUUACAUGUCUUUUUCCGCUCUUGGAGCUGAAAAGAUAGAUACGUGCAUACGCGUUUAGUGGUUCCCUUGAAAACCAUACUCCAUCUCAGACGUUAAUUUCCAGAACCUAUACCCAUUUUCAGACUAAAAGGGGCACAAAAACCAUAUUCUUUGGGGCGGCAGAUACAUAGUUCGAUUAUAUAAGGGUGCACAAGUGUGUUCAGUGUGUUCUCCAUUUCCAUAGUUAUUUCUAUUCUUUUAGGUAGUAAGAUUUCAAAAGUUUUCCAAGGUUUGUGCGAAAGUUGGUUAAACAUUCAUAGUAUUUAGUUAUCCUGUAAUGAUUUUUUUUCCUGACUUUCAUAAUCUGGAAAUACAUAUGCUCAUGGGCAAUUUUGUUCGUAGGGGUGCCUUCAUUGAAUGUCGUGACAAAGACAAAGACACGCCUUUACUGAUAGCAGCGAGUAAGAAUCAUUUGGGAACAAUUAAAACGUUGUUGAAUCAUGGCGCAGAUAUCGGGGCAAAAGACAGUAAUGAUGAAACUCCAAUAUACAGAGCGGCCUCUGAGGGAUGUAUUGAGGCACUUGAAGUAAGAUGCCUUGUUUUGUUGUUGUUGUUUUUGUUGAUUUUUUCAUUUUGUUUCGAUUUAUGACAUCACUGUGGUAAUGAUUCUGUUAACUCAGCGGUUUUUUCCACCGUCUUAUUGGUUGUCCCCGCUGCCUUCCAUGAUACCAUUUUUUUCUUUGUACGUUCCUGUUUACGUUGUUGGUGCCUUUGCAUCUUUGUUCAUUCUUUCCUUCGUAAAAUUAUAUAUCCAAUCAUUCAAUAAUGUGCAAUUGGCAAUACUUCGUUCAAGUGUUGAACGAAAUUUUUUAUACCCGAAUGAAAGUACUUAAUACUGGUUGUGCCUGAUAAUAGCUAUUUUAACUGAGUGGAUUGUUAUGUUUUAUCUUUCAGUUUCUUCUCAAGGAUCGCAAAGGCAAAACACUUGCCGAGGAAUACGACAAAUAUGAGAACACGCCCUUGCAUGUUGCUGCCAAAAAGGGUUAUGUUAGGAUUGUUCAAGUAAGUUGAACUGUUGGCGCGCAUUUUGAGUGACUGAAAAGACCAAUAGCCAAUCAGAACAAAGGAAAAUAUCAAAAGGAGCCAAUGAGAACUCAAGAUGAGACGGGCAAAUAACCAAAAGCGCGGGAAAACGGGAUUUACCAUCGGCGUAAGCUCUGCAUGUGAUUUGUUGAGAUUUUGGCGCAAAUUUUCUCGGCCAAUCACAUUUACAUAACGGUGUUUGGCAAAAGCAAUACGGAAAGGAUAUAACCUAAUCCUGGAUCACACUUAAGUGAAUGUUUGAAUUUGGACUUUAAAUUUUUAAAUUUUUGCCAAGCGAAGAAUUAAUGCGUGCACAAUUCACAUUUCAGCUUCUGAUCGAUAAUGGUUGCUGUAUUGACAGUAAGAAUGACGGAUCAUUAACACCGCUUCACCUCGCAGCAAAGUUUGGGCGAAUAAGGUAAGAUUUUAAACUGUUAUGUGCUAUUGAAACCACAAAUUUUUUCCACGCCAUUAAAAUAAACUUUCUUGAAUCUAGAUCUCAGUGCGAUUUAGAUUCCAAAGGAUUUCUUAACCGACUAAAAAUUGGUUUCGACCAGAGAUUCCGCUAUUUUGAAAUCAACUCAGUUACCGAGCUUCACGCGCAAAACGAUAACGCAUAUUUUUACGAACAUGUGCUACCCUGGGUAUCACAAAGGAAUCUUGAUUUGAGGCAAGAUUGCCUUCUUUUACACCGUCAUAUGAUUUAAACAGGUAAAUAAGCGAUUGAAAAAAAGGGAGAGAGACUUUGCUACGUGAUAAUUUGACGGCCAGGUUGUUAAGCAAGUUUUGAAAAAGCGGCGUCGAUGGAGAAGUUUUAAGCAUAUCUGACAACAACUUACACAGUUUAGUUAGUUAUUUGGAAUCUCACAGCGCGGUCAGUGUCUUAAUUUCGUACACACUUUCUCAGUGCAGUGAUCAAGUGUUUUGGUGCCGCUUCGUAAUGGUUAAAUCGUAUAUUUUGUAGCUGUGGGGUGAAUUGAAAAUUGCCAAGCUAUAACAUGACUUGUUUUUCCCAGAACCGUUUGUGCUCUUUUGAAGAAAGAUAUGUCAAUUAUUAACGAUGAAGAUGAUGCCUCAAACACUCCGCUGCACCUGGCUGCAUUGCACGGAUAUGACAAAGUGGCUAAGGAACUGAUUGAUAGAGGAGCCGCUAUUGACGCCAGGUGUGAAAUACUUAAUUCUCUUUACUUUCUUCCACGAAACUAAUAAGUAAGCAGGGUAUGAGAGCAAAGGAUGUGAUUUAGAAUCAAGGUGGUGAAAACAGGCAAUCGAAAGUGAUGGAAGGCGCGAGGUCGAUUUCCGAUCACAGACGUUUUUUGCAGCACCGCGAAUGAAAAGGUCUAUUGACAGUCCACGAUAUGUUUCGUCCAAAUCAAUUUCAAUCAGUCCUGUUUAGCUGCGCGGUGACUCGAGGUCGUUGAGAUUUGUUCUAAGUUUGGUUAUGCCUCAGUCGUUACACAGUACAUCACUGGCAAAACUGUUCCAGAAAAAGGGAAUAUGAUAUUCUUUUGUGCCAAAAGGAUCUCUUAUUUUAGACGUAACCUUGAAUUAAUAGCUCUCAAAAUGUGGUUGCCUUAUUACAGGUUAUUGCGUUUCUAGGCUUAAAAAUAAGCGCAAUGUUUCUUGGUAAAAUUUUGAGUCCUUGUAUCUGUUUAGGCCAAUUGACUGGUCUCCCCCUAUAAUAAAUUUUUGUUCGGCAAGAAUUUCAAUGGUCUUCUUAGGUACACUCUGUAAUUGGUUUAACAUAUUCUCGCCAAGUAUGCAACCAAAAAAUGCCAAACUAAAACCAAUGGCGGCUCUGUUAUCCAAGUAAACUGUGUCUGGAGGCGUAUAUUGUUUUGAUUGCAAUCAACACUGAAUCGAAAAUUACCCUAAUUAAAAUAGUCGUUAUGGGAUUUCUUACACAGGAACGCUAAUCUUUGGACUCCGUUGGAUUGCGCAGCCGCGAAAGGUUCGGUAGACGCGGCUACUGUACUGUUAGAUGAGAACUGUCCUGUGGACCCGACAGACAAGGCGAAGGUAAGGGAUUACUGGCCAGUAAUUGUUGUCUUGCUGAUUUUUCUUUUAUUCUGCAGCAUCUUAAAAAAUAAGCCGUCUAAGAUUGCACGUGGCAACUUGUAUAGCUCAAUUUUUAUAGCAUUGCAAAGAUAUAGAGGUUGUGAAAUAACGCUAGAAUGUAGUGUUGCAGAAGAUUUGUAAUCAGAUACAAAACAGAAAACCUGUCGCAUUCCACAUAUCCUACACAACCGCCGCUUGGUUAGCUCAUGAUGUAGAGCGCUCUACCAGCGCUCUGCCAAAUAAGUAAGGAGAACGUGUUACCUUCACUAUAAAAUCUGCAAAUGUAUGUCUCCUGCAUCUCUGUAGUGGUUAGCAGGGGACGUCAAAGAACCCACGCACUUCUCGCAAAGAGUAGGGAACGUAGCGCCCGGUGCUCUGACUUUAUUUCGAAAAAUUCCUGAAUUUAGGGUACCUGCAACUUUCAAAGCGUUGUGAACCGCCAAAUGCAGUCUGGCUAAAGUUCCCCGAAAAGUACUGUAAAUUAAAAAAAGAAAUCUGCCAGGAGUGUCCAAAAUUGGCCAGUACAAUCCAAAAUCCAAAAUUGGCCACUAGAGUCCAAAAUCCACAAUCGGCCCCUAGGCUCCAAAAUCCGAAAUCGGCCAGAAUCAGCCACUGGUGUCCACAAUGCAAAAUUCCCCACAAGUGUCCAAAAUCCAAAAAUCGGCCAUUAGUGUCCAAAAUAAAACAUAUACUACUAGAGUCCAACAAUAAAUAGGUUUCGUCUUUCGCACAUCGCUCGCUUCCCAAAUUUAGCGGUUACUUUGGGCAUAUAUCGCCAAUUCAUACCAUAAAAUGCUUUCUCUUCGAUUCGAUGAUUCCUAGAAAUGCAGAUCACACCUAUUUAGAUAUUUCUAAGAGGGUUAUUUUUUUUCGUAUUUAGAAUUAGGCUUCGGCGAGAUUGAAAUAAUUUUGAGUUGUUUAUCGUCUUUUGUAGUGUCAUGGCAAGAACUGGAACGCCUCAUGCCAGUGGUUCUAGCCCAGAAAUCACAAAAAGAGAGAACUCAAAUUUGUUUCAAGUGCGAAUGACGACUAAAUAAGAUACUCCGAAAAAAGAAAUAAGAAGCACUGGGAAACUUCAGUUCAAAAUUGGGUCAAAAUCGGAAAUCUAGUGCUACUUACCAUCUCUCAUUCAGUCACUCACUUAUCCCCCUAACGUAGUAGCUUCGCCCUCUAUUAUAUAGGAGGCAGUAAUCAGAAAAACUAUAGUUCUGAAAUGACUGUUAGUAAUGUUCUAUUAUUGUUGUCAUUGGUUGCUCAUUAAUGCUAUCACUUGUGGUGGUUCCACAUUCCUUGCUAAUGAAACACAAAACAAUGUCAAGCAAAGAGUAAAGUUUUGUUGUGUGUUUGUCUUUCACAGACCACACCACUUCACCUGGCGGCGCGUGAAGGUCACGUGGAGAUGGUUAAACUACUGUUGUCCAGGAAGGCCAACAUCACUUUGACAGACAGCGCUGGGCGCAACUGUCUGGAUAUGGCUAUCGAGAAUAACCACAAGUAAGUACUAACGGCUUGUGUGUGAUACAGAUGCCUGAUAAUUCGGAGCAAGAUCGCCAUAAAUUAUUUUGCAUCUGUUUGUCUGAGAUAGAGUCGCUCCUGUUUCGCUAGACCAAUCGCACAGCCUCAUGCAGAAAAACUGAAGCAAUCCUGAAUUUUAAAUUGAUAUUUUGCCCUCGUAUUGCUUCAUAAAAAGCCUUUGUUUCAUAAAAUGCUUAAACCUACAUAGAAGGUGUUCUCUCUAGCGAAUGGGUGCUAAAUAUUUCGAUCGAGCAUUGAAGCGAUCACAGUAGUAGGUCGAGAGUGGUAUUUAAGAAAUUACAUAUUUUUGCCCAAUCUCCUUCCCAGUGCACUUGUACCUCGCUGCAAUUUAAUUUGGCGGCUUCAACCCUCGCUCGCCAGUUAAUACACUAUCCACUAGCUGGCGAAUUAAAACACCGUUUAUUAGUCGUCUCUGUCACUCCUAGGGAAGUGACACUCGCUAUUAUCCAGCACAACGAUUGGAAACAAGCCAUGCGCAAUAGGACCAAAGAUGGCACAACUAUUAACACGCCGAUGAGGAAGCUUAUAAAGAAGUUACCUGGUGAGUGAUUCGGCGUUCAAGUUGUUGUUUUGCUGGUAACUGCUAAGAAUGUUAGUUUUCAUACGUAAGUGCAGAGCUAUCGUUUCGCCCAGUAAUUCGUUUGUUCCAUUACAUUCUCUUUGCUGUUGUCUUCCUCAACUCAAGGGCCAGGACAAAUUCAGAUUCACUGUGAUCUUGUUUUCAAUUUUUUUUUCGAUGCUUCUCGUUUCCCAGAGGUUGCAGAGAAAGUGUUCAAAAGAUGCGUCAAACCAAAUGGGCUUCCUGUGGAUCAUCCGCAGUACGCCAUUACUUUGAACUAUGAGUUUCUUGAUGACGUAAGCCUCGAGUGGGCGGGAUUUUUGACGCCGGAGUCAUCUGACCACGAGGCGUCUGGUGUAGACGCAGUGAUGUACAAGAUUAAAUCGGCAUUGCCCGAGAAUGUUAGCAAACAAGUGGAAAUGAAAAGCAAUCAUCCUCUAAUGCUAAUGGUGAGAGCAAUCCGAAUCCUUGUUCACAUGUAUUUGUUUCGUUCAAGAUCGCAAAUGAUUUCAACAUGUGGUAAGGACAUGUAAGAGGCACAUUAGGCGCGGUCUUCUUCACUGGAGAAAGUUUUGAGCAUUCUUGGUGCUGAAAAAUAUGAUAAUUACGCGUUUUAAUUGAUUUUUGUUAUUUUUUUAUGUUUCGUUUAGAUUUUUCUUUUUCUUGGUGAGCUAUUGCUGGAAGUGCUUCUAAUUUUAUAUUUGCGCAAGAGGUUUUGUGAUCUUAUGGUGUGCAUCAAUACUUCUAAGAGCUCAAAAGUACAAGAUUUGUCUUUCACAUUCAUUUUUUUUUCGGAAAGUUUACCAGAUCCUCGAUUUACUAGCAGCCUGUUAUUUUCUGGGUCCGAAUAGACUCAACCAUAUCUAAAUCCUUAUUUACAGAAGUGCUUGUCAUGUCUUUGAUCGUGACGUGCGCGACGUAACGCAACAUAUGCAUUCUUCACAGGUUACCAAAGAACGGGUCAAACUGCUUAGUCAUCCUUUAGUCACGUACCUAUUGCGUUACAAGUGGCGCAGCUUCGGUCGCUAUGUGUAUUACGGCCGUCUCAUUCUGUACGGGAUUUUCCUGUUUUUCCUGACUGGUUAUGCCAUGCUUACAACAAAGAGUCUACCCAUCACACUUUGCAACGAGACUCAGUGCACGUGCAACGUGACGUUCGCAACAAAAACGGCAAGUACAGGCAGCGAGAUUAUGUGGAGAAAGCUUGGUCGUCCGAUGAUUCUCGUCACAACUUCUAUAAGUUUGUUGCUAGAGGUGAGUAAGCGUGGUCAUAUUAUUUUUAGCAAAGUUUCAUCCAGCACUAUACGUUAACCCCAAAUUGAAAACGAGAACCUGAACAAGCAAACGAAACAUGCGAUUAUCAGUUCACGAAAACUUUAGACGAAAAUCGAUUACCAACUCAAGUUUCACAGGGGAAAGACGUCAUUUUGUAUUUUGCGCGAAAUUUAAAAAAAGCUGAGACUGGCUUACAACUCCUCGAGUGAUGCAAACCCCUGGCCACAAGCCUGGCUUAACCCUUGACACCGUAAGAUCGGUAUGCACGUUCUCCUCACUGUUCUCUAUACAUUUCCUAUGAUAAUGACAUGAAGAAUUUGAUCAGCAGUCAAGGGCCUUUUUAUGGAAGAUCAUUUCCAUAUUCUCAUGGCCCUAAUGUUUGAUUCAACAGUGAUACUGUGAGGAGAUUUAAGAUGCCAAUCAGUCUUAGAGGUUAAAGGUUAAAAGCGAUUGGUAAAUUUGGUGGGAGAAUCUCCAUAUCUGAUAUUCGCCUCCUUGUAUCUCCUCUGUUUGUUCCUUAGAUCAUUCGAUUCUGUUACAUGUGGAGACUGUACGCACAAUGGAACAGACUGGUAGAAGUGUUAGCUUACAUCUUCUCGAUGAUGUAUAUCGUGGAUGACUUUAGACUAGACGGAACAAGCUUUACAAUUCUUGAGGGGUCGAGGUAAGUUUGUUAACCUAGCCAUGCGAGAAAUACGAAGAGGAUAUUACGCGGAAGCGAGAAGAUAUGAACCUUAUGUUCAAGCGGCAAGAAUAGUAUCUCACGAGUGAGUUGAAAAGGUGGGAAUCGUGACGUCAUUGCGCAGUAUGUCCACGCGUGUUGCAUACGAAAAAUAGCCACUCCGUUCCAGAUUAACCUGCACUGCUGACGGGGAGGGGAAGCGGUGGACUAAAAUGCCAUUACAGGGAAGGAGCAUUAUUAUUGAUAACUCGAUGUAAAGCGACAUGGGGAGGCAAGGGGAAAAUUGAGAAAAUUGACUCUUGCUAGAGUUUGUCUUUACCUUUUAUUGGUGACAGCUUUCGGCUCUGGAGGACUUUACGUUUACUUACCUUUUCUUGCAGUCGCGUGCGUAAAUCUGUUUAUCUUGAAAAGUUUUUCUCUGCAUUCUUUUUUCCAGGUGUUUCGUGUGGCAUAGCAGUUUUGGUGCAACGGCUGUUUCUCUGUCCUGGAUUGGACUUGUUCUUUUCAUGCGCAAGUUUCCCAAACUUGGAAUAUACGUGGUGAUGUUCACUGAUAUUUUUAAGACUUUUGCUCAGUUCUUCGUAGUCUGCUUUUUGUUCAUCGUGGCUUUUGGGUUAGGAUUCCACAUCCUUCUCUUCAAUCAGGUACGUUUGGUGACGUUAUUAGUCACUCACCAACUCACACUCUCAGUCACUAAAGCACGCACGCGCACGCACGCAGGCACGCAGUUACCCAUUUACUCAGUCAACUCAAUCAGUCAGUCAAUCAAGCAUUUGAUCAAAACCUUCUUUUAUUUCUCAAAUUUCUGGUAGUAGAGUGGCUUCAUUCGUACCUAUAGGAAAUAAGAUAUAUCUAUUAAGCUCAUAGAACCAAGGAAAGCUUUGUCAAAGGAAGCCUUUUAAAGUCAUAUUUCGCGGUUACAUUCCAACUGAGGCAAGAGAAGACGAAGGACGUUUACUCUCUACUAAAGAAUUUCCAAGCGUACAUGCGGUGGAACCGAAUGCAUAGAAAUUAUGUAAUUCUUUUAUGGAAGGACAGUGUUGUUUUUUUACAAGCUUCGUUUACACCGUACCUGAAUAUGGACCUAAUUCUUGUUAAAGCGUCAACAAUUGUGCAUUUGGUUACGUGUGCUCUCAAAAAUAAUAGGAAAACAUGGAAAUAAAAAUGCGUGCGAGGUGGGGACUGAAUGAAAAUGAAAAAAUUGGUCAGUUCUUCUCUUUAUGGCCUAUAAAACUUCACGCUCGUUGUUCCCUGUUGCUAAGCGGAGUGUUUGUGGAACGCUUCAGGAGGCAUGCGCAGUGACGUGACAAAUCUCUUGGAUCUCACAGGAUAUAGAAUAAUUGACGUUUUCGUUUCUGUUCCAUCAGGUGCCCUACUCUACACCAGGCCGAGCCAUGCUCAAGACAACAAUGGGAAUGUUAGGGGAAUAUGAAUAUGAUACAGUUUAUAAUGAUAACGAUGUGCCGCCGGUCACGUGGGCAUUGUAUUUGUCAUUUCUCGUCAUUAACUGUCUUAUCAUCAUGAAUUUACUGGUGAGUCAUCUAAUGAUUGUUUUGGUCCGUGCUUCGCAUGGGACUUUAAACAUCUUUCUGCUAUCCUGCGUAAUUUUGGCGCGCAAGUACUCAGUAUUUUCUCGGUAAAAAUCAUAGCUGCCAUCUUUGAUUUUCAUAGCAGCGGAAGGUUGGGAAGAGAAGAAAUUUUUUCCAAAUGGGUGAGUGACAGGUAAAAGGAAGGAGAGAGUAGGGGGUGCGGGAGGUGGGGGAUAUCAAUUACAUUGCCUUUUCCCUCCUUUUUCAUAACUCUGAAUAAAACAUGUUCGGUCGAACAAACGAUCGCGAGCUAGUAACGUUAACUCGCCUUAAUGAGACGCCUGCACUGCAGGCUAUCUUUCUGUAUAAUUGUUCACCAUCUGAUUGUGUUCUCUUUUCUUCAGGUCGGUUUAGCCGUAGAUGACAUCAAGGGGGUUCAAGAAAAAGCAGUUCUAAAGAGAUUAGCAAUGCAGGUAGGUCUUUUUAUGCACACUUUGUUCCUAUACGCACAGGGUCGGUUCCUGUUGAGAGGUAAACGGUUAUUUUUAUCGGCUGUUCAAGUAAAAUUUUCCCGACUAUGUCACCUAAUGUUUAUCUUUGGACUACUGCCUUGUUCAAUCAUAAAAACUCAUUAGUAGGAAAUAUUAGGAAGGGGGAACAAAAUAGAAUAGUUUUUUUUCGGUAAGGCCUGAACCUCAUAAUUAGAAUUAAAGAUAAUUCCUCGGGCCCAAAAAGUUAAAGGGACUUUCGAGAAACAGGUCGGUGGCGUCGUCUGCGGGUUCCCUUCAUAGUCGGUUCUCGACCUUUGUGAAAGUGCUGUGAAGUCGAUAUUUGUAUUUUCUGGUUCUCCUUCCUCUAACUAAAACCCACUCUCCUAAUUCCAAUUUUACCCAGAAACUGAUUAUGAACAACCACAUCAUAGGUUUGUCUCUGUGAAAUUCAGCUCACUUCAAUUGAAGAUUUAGAACGGAAACUAUUCUUAAUUUUCUUUACGUGGAUUUUUGUGUAGGUCGAUCUUGCAUUAGAUGUGGAGAAGGCUCUUCCGGCCAUUUUUAGACAAAGGUUUGCAACAACUCAGGAAGAUGUUUAUCCUAAUUCAAACAAGUACUGGACUAUUUGGUCGUUUUGGAAUCAAACCGUUAGUCCUGCCAGAGCAAUUUACGAGGCUAUGAAUCCCGAGAAGGUUGGUAAUCGACUGAAUGUCAACCAUGGUUGUCUUUUAAUCCUUUAGUGUUGUAAAUAUGGAAAAGUUGAAGUUAAAACGUUAAGAUUUUUUAACUGACGAAUUGUUGUUGUUAAUAUUAUCAAUAACGAUAGUUAAUAACUUUUGCUUUUCUCCCAGACACCGAUAGAGAAGCUCCAGAACCACCAGGAAGCGUUGAAAGAAGAAGUAAUGACCGUCAAAGCGAAACUGAAAACUGUCCUUGAUCACACAACACAAUUAGAGGCCAUGAUGAAAGCACUCAUGAAGCACCACGCCAUAUCUGUGGAGGAGGAGGAAGAGGGCGAGGAUGACGACUAGAAGUACGCAAUGACUGCUGGGAAAGCGCUUCUUUAGAAAAGUCUUUUAGUAUGAGUGUGUGUUACUAGAAAUUUCAACGCCUUUCCUGUAAGGUAGCGAGUAUUUUGUACACUUGCUUAAGUGAAUUAGGGUAUCCCCCAUUGCCUUUUAGGGUACCAUGGCUCCCACAGGCCAUGAGUUAUGCUUUAGUAAGGGAAAAGUAGUAGCGGAAAUUUAUUUUGGGACGGGGAAUAUAAAAAUUUGACGACAUGUCAAGGAAAAUUCAUAGGUCCAUAAUUCAUCUCUUUUUCCUACCUUCUUGAAUUUGUGGAGGUCUUGCUCCAAAUACGUUAUUUUGAUUGGUUGAAAAUUUAUCCUUUUGAGAAGUAGGUACGUAAAAUAUAUAGAAAGACUAGAAGCUAGGGGUUGGGAAAUGUUAUUUUUAUCAGGGAACAUUUUUCAUAAAUAAUGAUUUUGGUGACUAGACUUUAGGUUUCUCCAUCCAUGUGCGUCCUCUGUUCUUCAUUCGCCCUCGAGUAAAUGUCCUCAUCAAUAAAUGCAUACACUCUCAAUUAGCAAAAUAAGUUUCAUUAAUGUAAACCCAUUUUUUGUCUAUAAUAUUCAAUUCCCAUACUGCAUUAAUAGGAAAUAUUAUUUAUGAUACAUCGAGUUUCGAAAUUAUGUGGAGUUGACAAAUAGUUUCAUUUUUAAAAUCAUCCGAGGGAAGGGAAACCAAAACACAAUACCAUAUGGACUAAAAGGAGAGUUAUGCUACAGAAAUUAUUUAUAUUUGACCUUCGCUUUUAAAUUGUGUACCUGAGAUUACGUUAAGGACUGCGUUUUGAGAUUCCACAAAGAGACUUAACCUUCAGAAAGAGAAGGAGUAACUCCUUACUUAUAAUUGAUGAUUAUGGUGAUAGAAAUGACGUAGUUUCUGGAGCACACUUCUCUUUUAACUGCAAGGAAACAUGUGGUUAAAAAUUACUCUUACUAACAAUUUUCAGUUUUCACUCUGGGCCUUUGAAGACACUGUGCUAAGGCUUCGUAUAAGACAGUUAAGUUUUGCCUUUUGUACUAUGGUAAAGUGAUGACGCGUAAUCUUAAAUAACAAGUUGUGUAUUGGCUGUAGUUCCCUAUUUAUGUUAUCUACUUAAAACAACGUGACAAAAAGAGCUAAAAUGAGAAGAAAAAAUGGAUUCAAGAGGGCACGAUCGAUUUCAAUUUGAUGCGAAUAUUUAUCUGCAAUGUUUUUGGGUCGUACCUCCAUAUUAUUUAUAUAAUUUACUAGCAGAUGGGCGGUGUAUAUUUUCAAGAUUUAACAAUAUUUUUCAAGCUUUGUUAUUUAUAAGCAAUGGUUAUUUUGGCCAAACAAGGAAUAUAGAGUACCUAGCAUAGUUAUUUACAUUGGACGCGAAUUGAAUCCCUAUGAAAUUUUUACGUUAAGGGAAAGCUGGAAUAAACGAAAAUAUGGAAAGUGUCUCGUUCUGUUUAGUCUUGUGCCGCCAGUCGGUUUUGUUUUGGAGAUGUAGUAUUUACCAUAAACGCCUUAACAUCAGUAUGCAUGUUCUCCUCACUUUUCGUCACACCUUCCUUAUGGUACUG